CCGCUCGGCAAACCUCCCCCCAGCGCCGGGCAUGCCACCGCCCGGCCCCGGCGAGGCGGUCGCCCGCGUCAGGGAGGCGGCGGGGAGAGACCCGUUGGCCGCCGACCUGCGGUGCAGCCUCUUCGCCGCCGCGCUGCAGAGCUACAAGCGCGACUCGGCGCUGAGGCCCUUCCCGGGCCGCUACGCCGGCGGCGACAGCAAGGACUUCGAGGGGCUGCUUGCAGACACCAACGCGCUACCGAGCCUGAGGGAACUUCUGGAGUCUGUUCCAAACACGGAGAAAAGGACCUGGGAUUUGUUCAGUUGGAUUUUAUCAUCUAAAGUCUUCAUGAUACAAAGUACUAAGAAACAGGAGUACGAGAAGAUCCAAGAACUCACGGGGAUGUCUGGGGCUGCUGUUCCUGCUCCGGACUACCUCUUUGAGAUUGUGUACUCUGAUCAAAUGAAUACCAAGUUUGCUGAGACCAAGGGAGAGCGGGACCUCAUCUAUGCCUUCCACGGGAGCCGCCUGGAGAACUUCCAUUCCAUACUGCACAACGGCCUGCACUGCCAUUUGAACAGGACGUCUCUGUUUGGCGAAGGUACCUACCUUACCAGUGACCUGAGCCUGGCUCUCCUUUACAGCCCUCAUAGUCUUGGCUGGCAGCGAAGUGCCCUGGGCUCUAUCCUUAGCUGUGUGGCCGUUUGUGAGAUCAUUGAUCACCCAGAUGUAAAGUGUCAGGUGAAAAAGAAAGAUUCAGAAGAAAUAGACAGAAAAAGAGCAAGAGUGAAAAACAGCGAAGGGGGUGACGUACCACAGAAAUACUUCGUUGUCACAAACAAUCAGCUUUUACGAGUUAAAUACUUGCUAGUAUAUUCACAGAAACAGCAUAGGAGGCCUUCCAGGCAAUCUUCCUGGUUUUACACGCACCGUUUUGCCCUAAUGAUGCUGCUGUACCUACUGCUGCUAAUCCUGAUAGGGGCCAGCAAAUCGCCAACCGUCGUCUACUACUGGCACAGAAUGUUUGACUCGAGGAGAUGAAUCACCCGAGAUGAUAAACUUAAUUUCACCACGUGCCUUAAUAAUAGCCAUUCUGCGAUGCACUGUGUCCCUUCCAGAGCUCUGGAAGUAAAGGUGCCUGGAGCUUUCCAGUUCUGCCUCCACUAUAUAAUCCCUGCGGCAUCUUUCCAUUUAUUCUUAUUUCUGUGCUCCUGUGAUUCAUGAGGAGCUGAAAAGGAUCACAAUGGUGCAGCUUGAGCAUGAAUCAAUUGUUAAGGGUCCACGGGAAAAAGUUAUUUAAAAGUUAGUGAAAACGAAGUGGGAAAACACUGACGUGUAACUGUUUUCUGUCAAACCGAGGUGGUGAUAUUUGCACAAGUUGGGAAGGAGGGGUUUUCUGUACGUCAGGCAAAGGAACCUGUAGGGAAUCUGACCAAUUUGUUUUCAGAAACUGAAUGUAGUCAAUGUUUAGCAUGUAUCAGUGCAGAUGGGAUCACUUCUAAAACUAACUUUGGCCAGGAAUUUUUAUAUUUGAGCAUAAUGAUUGUAAGAGAACAACAAGAAAUAAAACAAUAGCCAAAAUGGAAGACAUUAAA